AACACUGUGCCCUGAAGAAUUCGGGUGGAGAGGAGGAGCGGUGAAGACGAGAAGGUGAACCCCGGAGGGACGAUGUUCUACUAUCCCAAUGUGCUUCAGCGCCACACGGGCUGCUUCUCCACUAUCUGGUUGGCAGCCACGCGUGGCAGCCGGUUGGUAAAGCGUGAAUACCUGAAGGUGAAUGUGGUGAAGACCUGCGAGGAAAUCCUCCGUUAUGUGCUGGUACAAGUGCAACCCUCGCAGCCCGGCCUGCCGCGCCCCCGCUUCUCCCUCUAUCUCUCAGCCCAGCUCCAGAUUGGGGUGAUCCGGGUCUACUCACAGCAAUGCCAGUACCUCGUAGAGGACAUCCAGCACAUCCUGGAGCGCCUGCACCGUGCCCAGCUGCAGAUCAGAAUAGAUAUGAUGGAGACGGAACUACCCAGCCUGCUGCUUCCUAACUGCCUGGCCAUGAUGCAAACCCUGGAAGAUGCUCCGGACCCCUUUUUUGGGAUGAUGUCUGUGGAUCCCAGACUUCCCAGCCCCUUCGAUAUACCUCAGAUUCGACACCUUUUGGAGGCUGUGACCCCAGAGAGAGUACCUGAGGAGACCCCUCCUGAAGUCCCUAUAGAGCCUGGGAAGCCAGACAGGACGCUGGUCACUGUGCUGUCUCCGGAAGCCAUCACCCUCCAGGAAGCAGAGCCCAUACGCAUGCUACAGAUCGAUGGUGAACGAGACCUCCCAGAGGUUAGCCGUCGAGACUUGGACCUGCUCAUUGCUGAGGAAGAUGAAGCUAUCUUGUUGGAGGAACAAGUGUCCAAGGAGGAACCUCGAGCCCCAGAAGUGGAAACUACAGUUCCCCCACUCUCACCUCUAGCUCUUCCACAGGUGGAAGAGGCAGCAGAGCCACUUCCAGGCCAGGUCCUGGCCCCAGAGGAGGUGAAGCCAGCAGUCUGGGAGCCUGAGGCCCUGCUUGCUGAGGUGACGCCCCCGCCACCGCAGGAGCUGCCUCUCCCAGCCCCACUCAGCCCAGAGAGGAGGCCCCCAGCCUCCCCACCUCCUCGCCGCCGCCGCAGUCGCCGCCGCCAGUUAUUGUUCUGGGACAAGGAGACUCAGAUCUCCAGGGAGAAUUUCCAGAAACAACUGCAAACCAGAGCUCACUGCUGGGAGUGUCCAAUGGUGCAGCCCCCUGAGAGGACCAUCAGAAGCCCCACAGAGCUGUUUCAGACUCCAACUUACUGUAAGAGUGAUGGGAGUUGGCAUGUGGGAUCCUCGUUCUUGGUGUUCCUCAUGUCUCAAACCCUGUCCCUGCUGCCACCUUGUCCCUACCCAGCUGGCUGGCUACCCCCAGAACUGCUGGCUUUCUGGACCCGCUGUGCCCAGCCACCCCCAAAAGCACUCAGACGAACGCUGCCCCUGGAGCCUGAAGAGGCUGCUGAGAGGGAGGCAGCAGCUGAGGAGGAAAGGAGAAAAACAGAAACCCUGAGUGAUAUCGAGGUCCUGAGGGAGGCCCAGGAGCCCAGUGGGCCCCUUAUGCUGUCUUCAGAGCUCUCCAUAGAAGCAGCUGAGGAGGAGAAGUCUCACGUCAGCCUCAUCCCCCCGGAAGAGCGGUGGGCCUGGGCUGAGGCGGAGCAGCCAGAGCCCCCUGUAUUGCCUGUGGUGCCCGAACUCCCUGAGGUGCCCAUGGAGAUGCCUUUGGAGCUACCUCCAGAGGCAGAGCUGCUCUCACGUGAGGAUGUGUACAGGGCAGUGGCACUGGAGCUGCAGGCCAACAGGAAGCCAGAUUUCAGCAGCCUGGUGUCACCUCUUAGCCCUCGCAGGAUGGCUGCCCGGGUCUUCUACCUGCUCCUGGUGCUCGCAGCCCAGCAGAUCUUUCGCAUGGAACAAGAGAAGCCAUACGGGCGCCUCCUGAUCCAGCCAGGGCCUCGAUUCCACUGUGGUUAGAGCCAAUUGAGAAGCUGCCAAGAAACCAGCUACGUUAAACCCUGUCUUGCCUUACUUACUAGACCCUGCCUAUCUCCUUUCUGGAAGUCACCUCUAUUCUUCAUGCUCUCAGAGCAGAGCUACUGUUUAAGCAGAAAAUGAACUGCCUUUAUUAUA